AAAAAUAAAAAAAUAGUUUCCCCAAUGACAUUUUGAAAACAUUGAUAAAAAAAAGAGCGAAGGCGGUGCAGUUUCACAUAGAGCUGAUGAGGUGAUUUAAAUGCUCUUUGCAGUUCCUCUUUUAGGAUGUGUGGUGAGUUUUCUCGGUAAGCCACAACGUAGAUGUAUCAGUUCUGCCAGGGCUGCUGAGAGAUUCACAAACUCUUCUACCAAAAGCAUUGCAGGAAUCUGACAUCAACAACAACCAGAUAGAUACCAAUGGAUUAUAGUGAGUACCUCGACAGCUUUUUCAAUGAAUCCAAUGACACGACAGACGAAGGACACGUCGUAUCCGAAGAGGUUGCUUUAUGCAAGAAAAGCGAUGUGCUCCAGUUCGGAGCAGCAUUUCUCCCAGCCUUCUACUACACUAGCUUCUUGCUGAGCUUGGUUGGAAAUGGACUGGUGCUGUGCAUCAUCUACAAAUAUGAAAAGCUCAGCACGGUUAACAACAUAUUCUUACUCAACCUCGUCAUUUCAGACCUCAUCUUCGCCUCUAGCCUCCCUUUCUGGGCAGUCUACCACAAAUCUGAAUGGAUCUUUGGCAGAGGCCUUUGCAAAUUGGUGGGAAGCUGUUAUUCCAUCGGCUUCAACAGCUCCAUCCUCUUCCUCACCCUCAUGACCUUUGACCGCUACCUUGCGGUGGUCCACGCCAUCUCUGCAGUCCAGAGCAGAAGGAUGACAUACGCGUUUGCUUCAUCUGCCACUAUCUGGGUGCUCAGUAUUUUGGCUAGUAUAAAGGAUAUCGUUUUUUACGAUGUGAUGACAGUUGAAGACCGUUUGCUGUGCGAAAUGACUGGUUACCACCAGAGUUUCCUCACACAUUGGGAGCUGAUUGGUUAUUAUCAGCAAUUUUUCCUAUUCUUCUUGGUGCCUCUGGUUAUUGUCCUGUAUUGCUACAUCCGCAUAACAAUCAGGAUCAUGUUCACUCGCAUGGCGGAGAAGUGCAGGGCGGUCAGACUCAUCUUUAUCAUCGUCUUUACCUUCUUCAUCUGCUGGACGCCUUACAAUGUGGUCAUCCUGUUGAAAGCCUUCAAGACGUCCUUUGGAGAGCAGAACGAUUGCUCAAACACCCUUGACUAUGCGCUGUACAUCACACGAAACUUUGCCUACCUGUACUGCUGCAUCUGCCCUGUCUUCUACACCUUUUUGGGGAAGAAGUUUCAAAACCAUUUUCUGAAGCUUUUGUCCAAGCGUAUACCGUGUCUGAAGAUCAAUGCUGCCUUGCUGUCAACGACAAGCAAAACCACAUCAAUCAGGAGCCCAAACACUGACUACUAAGCAUUUACGGGACUAACAAGACUGUGGUUUGUAUGUGUGAAAUGCAACUGUUAAGAAAUUUUUCUGUUAGCAGGACACAAAGACGAGCGCCAAGAUAAAAGAAAAACUAAGAAUCCAAAGUCUAUUGUUUCUUUUGAGUGUUCAGGAAUUUCUCAUUCAAUGCAUAUUAAUGACUAGUAUAUGUCUAAUGAGUUCAAUUUUACCUAAUUUACCUAAUAUUUUACUUUCUAUUUGAUGUACAUAUGUAAAUAUUUUAUCACAGAUACUUUUUUAAAGUAAAAUAAAUUUAAACCUUACCUUUUUCUUUUUUAAUAUAUAUAUAUAUAUAUAUAUAUAUAUUAGCACAAUUAAAAAUGUAAACCAAAAAAUCAAACCAAAAAAUAUAAAAGUUUCACAUUUAUUUUACUUUCAAAAAAAAUUUUUGAUAUCAAAGGUAUUUGUGACAUUGUAACAUACUGGGUAUUGUGUAACCAUAGUCCUAAUCUUUGGGUUGCUUUGCCAUUAAAUCUCUCCUUGUGUAAUUUUCUCUUUUGCGUAAAAUUAUUGUUGUAAAGACUUUCAUAAGUAGGUCAACUUGAUUAUUUUUGUGCCGUUAAUUGCUGGUGUAUUCGGAGAAAUAAAAUAUUAGUGACAGGAAGCUUUUCUCUCUGUUUGGUGACCUGUUCUUUGAAAAGUAUAUGCAACUCACACAUUUGUACCCUUUAAAGUUCUCUGAAAUGAAUUGAUUUCCUGUCUUGUCAACACCUCAAUUCUGUUUAUCAGAUCAUUGUGAUUCAUCUGAUCUGUAUUUUAAGAAUGAACCCAUUCUCUGUAGUACAUUCUUUUGGUUCUCUAAAAUAAGUUUAAGGCAUGCAAUAAAUCAUUAUAAAUAAUCA